AUGAGAGCAGAUACAUUUCCAUUUAUUCUCACUCUAGGUCUUUCAAGAUUGGGUUCUACCUUGGCGGUUCCAACAGGAUCGCAGUCUGAUACUUUGAUUCGAUCUAGCUUCACUGAACUUCCCUCGGUAAACAUUUCUAUGAUGGCUUCUACUCCCGUUCCAAAAUGGUUAUCUGACUUCACAGGUUUGACUGAAUGGCCUGGAGCUGAUCCGCCAUAUAUUCCACUUGAUUUUAUUGAUCUUAAAUCUUUGCCUAACAUUCCUCCCAGAGCGCCUGGUGUCUGUCCUCCCGACCGCUCAACUUGUUCAUUUGAUUGCUUCAAAUGUAUAUCGUUUGACGAUGCGUAUACUUGCCCAACUCUGUCUCAAACUUUCGAUGAUGGGCCUUCUCCCUACACCCCAAAACUCCUUGCAGGGUUAAAUCACAAGACAACUUUCUUUACAAUUGGGAUGAACGUUGUUAGAUAUCCUGAGAUCUACAACCAGAUCAAAAAUCAGGGACAUCUUCUUGGAUGUCAUACUUGGUCACAUAAGUUUUUGCCGGAGCUAAACAAUGAAGAUAUUGUUGCUCAACUUCAGUGGUCAAUUUGGGCUAUGAAUGCAACCGGCUCCCAUCUGCCCAAAUGGUACAGACCACCGUAUGGUGGCGUUGACGAUAGAGUUCGGCAGAUUGCUAGAGCUUUCGGAAUGCAGGCAGUUCUUUGGGAUCAUGACUCCUUUGAUUGGAAAAUGGAAACUUCACCUCCAUCCAGGACAGCCGAUGACAUCUAUAGUGAUGUUCGUCGCUGGAAAGAUUCGGGAGUCAAUGGACUAAUUUUAGAACACGACGCAUAUCUUUCCACUGUCAACUCAGGUAUCGAAGUUAGCAAGAUUGUUGGUGCAGGGCAAAUGACAGUUGCUCAGUGUGUCGAUAGCAUUGACUACAUCAACACUUUCGAUUAA